UAUAUAAAUACUAUUAUUAAUGAUCAAUUUUUUGCUUAGCUAUUCAAUAAUUAAAAGAAAAGCAUCCAAAAUUUCGAUAUCAAAUAGUUGCGAUAGCCGGAGACUGUGUUCAACCUGGUCUCGGGUUGUCUUCCGCGGACAGACAAAUGAUAACGCGAGAAGUUUCUAUCGUUUUUCACGUUGCGGCUACGGUCAGAUUUGACGAGAAAAUGAAACUCGCUGUACCUAUUAAUGUUCGUAGUCCCAAAGAAAUGAUAGAUCUUUGCAAGGAAAUAUCAUAUUUGAAGUCGUUUGUUCAUGUGUCGACUGCAUAUGCCAAUUGCCCGCAUGAUCUUAUUGAAGAAAAAAUAUACGAAGCACCAAUGGAUGCGCACAAGUUAGUAACAAUCAUUGAUUACAUGGACGAUAAAUUGGUUGAAGAUAUUACUCCGAAAUUAUUAGGUGCAUGGCCGAAUACAUACACUUUCACAAAAGCAAUAGCAGAAAGUGUUAUUGUAAAAGAGGCCGGCGAAUUGCCUAUUGGAAUAUUUCGACCUGCCAUUGUAAUAUCAACAUAUCGUGAACCAAUUCAAGGAUGGAUUGAUAAUCUAUACGGACCAACGGGUGUUGCGGCUGGAGCUGGUACUGGAAUUUUACGAUCAAUUCAUUGCGAUGGAUCUAUACAAGCCAAUGUCGUUCCUGGAGAUUUAGCAGUAAAUGCUUUAAUAGUUUCCGCUUGGGAUGUAGCGGAUCGUCGAAAAUCUACAAUUAGUAAAAAAGAAAAAAAUGAUAUACCGGUUUACAAUUAUGUUUCAAAAGAUAAUCCUAUAACAUAUGAUGAAUUGAAAGUUUUAUCUGAAAAAUAUGGACUUGAAUUUCCCACGAGUAGAGCUAUAUGGUAUUAUAGCUUUCGAAAUAACAAAUACAAGAUUAUUCAUUUGAUCUAUGUCUAUUUAUUACAUUUAUUGCCAGCACUUUUAAUCGACACAGUCAUGAUCUGUUUAGGAAAACAACCUAGGAUGUUAAAAGUUUAUAAAAAGAUACAUAAAUUUAUGAGUGUAAUCAAUUAUUUUACUGUCAAAGAAUGGAAAUUUGCGAACGAUAAUGUUAAAGUGUUAAUAAAUAAACUAUCAGAAGAAGAUCGUGAAAAUUUUGCUUGUGAUAUUACUCAAGUUGAUUGGGAUCAUUACUUUCGAACGUAUGUGCGAGGACUUCGUAUUUAUCUCAUAAAAGAUUCUUUAGAUACUCUUCCACAAGCACGUAUUAAAUGGCAAAGAUUAUACUGGAGUCAUCAGGUACUAAAAUUAAUUCUUGCAUAUGGCUUGUUGCGAAUAUGUUGGUUAAUUAUAUCUUUUUUCUUUUGAAGUGAUAUAUGUUAAUUUGCGUAUUAAAUGUGUUUUAUACAUAUAUAACGAGUGCGCUCAAUUACGUACAUGUAUUUGUAUGUGCAUAUGUAUUAUUACAUCAAUUAUAAUAUUUAUGCAUUUUUCAUUCAUCAAAUAUAAAUUAAAAUCAAAUUUGUUUUAACUCACACUUAUAAUCUAAAGUGAGAUUAUCUUUUUGGAUAAUUUUAAUAAUUUAAAUAAUU